GGGGGGAUGUCCACAUAUGUGGACGCCAUGUCUUGAAUUUCCCAGCGUUUUGGUGAAGUACGAUUUUACUUUGGAAAACGCAUCGUCGUCUCUGUGUCCAGCUUGACUGAGGUCUUCUCCCAGCAGGCAGGUCCUUCCUUCAGCGCCGACAAGAUGACGGAGAUGGUCCCGGCGGUGCGCUUCUCGUUGCUCGGCCUGCUGCUGUGGCUGCAGCUCGGUACAGCUCCAGCCCGCAGCCCCCGCACGGCCGACCAGGUUUCCGAGGCCGACAUCCAGCGGCUCCUGCACGGCGUCAUGGAGCAGCUGGGCAUCGCUCGGCCCAGGGUGGAGUAUCCUGCACACCAGGCCACCAACAUAGUGGGGCCUCAGAGCAUACAGGGUGGUGCUCAUGAAGGACUGCAGCAUCUCGGCCCAUAUGGGAACAUCCCAAACAUUGUGGCUGAACUGACAGGAGACAACGUCCCCAAAGACUUCAGUGAUGACCAUGGAUACCCAGACCCUCCAAACCCCUGUCCUCUGGGAAAGACAGCAGCAGAUGGGUGUUUGGAAAAUGCUCCUGACACAGCUGAGUUCAGCAGAGAGUUUCAAAAACACCAGCACCUAUUCGACCCCGAGCAUGACUACCCAGCCCUGGCAAAGUGGAACAAGGAACGUCUGUACCAAAAACUGAAGGCAGGACCAAAAAGAAGAAAAAGGAGUGUCAACCCAUAUUUAAUGGGCCAGAGGCUGGAUAAUGUGGUCGCCAAGAAAUCUGUUCCUCACUUCUCUGAGGAAGAGGAGGAAGAAGCAGCGACUGUCCCAGCUGCCAGCCAGUCCAUGACCUAAACUCCUGCAACACACACUGUAAUAUUAAAAUACAUACAUUCUCAGAAAAGAGUUUUUAACACUGCACAUUUAAGCAUUUUGGUUUGCAAUCAAUGGGACUGUGACUUUAGUGCAAGUAUUGUAUUUGUAAAUGCUUUGUUUUAUUGUAUCACAAGCAUAUUAGUUGGCCAAGAUCUGGCUCCCAGUUAGACACAACAUGCUUUCUAUGUGCUCUUGCUGGUAUUAUUAUUUUAACAUGUAGCAUUACAAUCUGACAUCUUGGUCAUGGAAACACAAUUUUAGGGCUUUUUUGUUAAACAUUGAGGGGCACUUUUUACUUCUCAACCUCAGAGCCAUGCAAACAGGAAUUUGCAUGGCAUUUUGACAAAUGCUGUUUUGAAGGUUAAGAAAAAGUUUGAAGCUCGUCUUGGAGGUAAAAUACUUGCAUCUAGAACAUUAAAAAAUAUCUGAGUUCAGAGGCUUUUAAGGGUUGAUAAAGAAACAAUCUUACAGUUUUUACUUCAAUUGUGAGUCGAAAUUUGUAAAUCCAUAUGUUUUUUGAUUUUAAGACAGUCACAUUGCAGAGAUUCAACCAAUAAACCCAAAAUACUAGAAUAUAUGGUGUUAAAUACUUAACUGGCAGUGUAUGGUACAUCUGCAGCUGUACAUUUAAUAUGAAGUUGUAUAAAGAUUGAAGAAUGUUGAAUCAGAAAGUUAUUAUUCAGAACUGUACAGAGAUCAGUUUACUCACAGUUUCAUUUUUGUAUGUGACAAUAUGAAUCACUUCUGUGUCUUGAAUCAAAGAUUUAAUUCUAUUUAUAUCCUUAAAUACAAUUAUAAUUAUUAAUAAGUUUUGGUUUGUCAUUAAAGGAAUGAUUGUGACCUACUUCACAGUAGCAUGGCAAAUAUUUUAGAGCUUAUUCUGACUAGUAUCUGUUCACUACUGCAGUCAUGUGAGUGUCUACAGGCAGCACUGACUAUCUUGGGUUACCUCAUCUCGUCAUAAAUGGUUGUGUUCUGUUUUUGUUCUGUAAAGUCAAAUAAACGAUUUAUCUGCA